AUGAGUGAAGAUGGCCCAAGGUUGUCAAAGCUCAAGCUUGCAUACAAGAAAGCAAUACAGGAAGUGCUCAAGGAAGAGAAGAAGAUAAGGGGCAUUCUCCUUGAUCCUGAAACUGUUGUUGAAGACUCAUUCUUCGUCAGUAACUCCAAAAUAGAAGAUUCAAUUCAUGAACCACAGUGUACGGAUGAAGAUGCCAUAAACAAGGCAGUAAAACAAAUAUUUCUUGGUCUCAAGUCAAAGCUUUCUGAUGCAUUCAAAAAGAAAGUAUCUGAGUACAGCAUUGGAAGUAAGUUAAAUCAUCUAGACAAGGAAAUAACAAAAGAAAACAAACACAGUAAAGAUAUAACCUGCACUGAAUACAUAAGAGAAAUAUUUGAAUCGUAUCUCGUAGAUCCAAAGUUAAACUACAUAAGAUACAUCGAGGAAGCAAAGAACGAAUCAUCAGAACGCAUCAAGACAAUAAGCAAAGAAAUCAAAGGUAUUAAAGAGAGCAUUAAACAACUAAGAGAAGAAAACUCUGUUUAUCAUAAAACCUAUGAUGAUUUAACAAGACAUUUAUUGGAAAUUAUGGAAAAUAAAACUAUAAUUGAUGUUUGA